AUGGCAACUCAGAGAUCAACAGAAACUACCACAUUCAGUUACUACCCGCUCAACGAAGACCGGAACGAGAUCCGGGUCCUCAACCUACAGACAAUUGAACGACCACCUCUUGCCAAGCUUCGGGAUGAGCCACAUGAAUGGCAUGGCCUUGUCCAUUGUACUAUUGAGCACGUCUCACUCGACGCACAUCUGCCAGACUAUAGAGCUUGGUCGUCACAAACGCCGCAGCUGUCUCGGAGAAACAGCGAUGAGCGAUGGCGACGGUUCUCGAAUGAGCGAUAUCGGUCAUUGAGCCCGACAAGAGUAAGCUCACCGUUCGAGAGGCCACGUGCGCAUCAUCGCUAUCAUCGAUUUUCAUGGGGUGACUACGGAGCCCUGAGCUACACUUGGGGGGACCAGACUGUGAAAGUGCCGAUCAUCAUGAAUGGCCAGGUUGUGCUUGUCGGUCAAAGCUUAGAAGCAGCUCUGCGAGCCUUGUCCUCAGAUCCAGAUUAUAUUGAUGGUCUGAAAACCUGGGCCGAUGCAAUCUGCAUCAACCAGAGGGACCUGGCCGAGCGCAAUCGUCAAGUGAAGCGCAUGCGUCAAAUCUAUGGAAGAGCGCUCAUUGUCUCCAUCUGGCUAGGCGAUAUACCCAACGACUCUAUUUCCGACAUGGCUCAGCUCCACGAACUGAUAGUCAAGUCACAAGACAAAGCUGCAGCAUCUGAGGUGUUGGAAGUAGCAAUGACGGACCCAGAGAAGAAAGAAACCAUACGCAGGGCCAUCGAUGUAGUUGUCAAGAAGACAUACUGGUCUCGGAUUUGGGUAAUUCAGGAGAAAUGCCUGGGUCCCUUCAACCCUUCUAUUCUUUUCGGGACGUUCCGCAUGGGCUUGGUACCGUUUCAUAACUUUCUCCAAGGUGUCACGAACAUCCAUGGCGCUGUAAGGGCUCGUGAGAAAGUGUGGCGAAUCUUGAAGUUGGUGGAGUUAGUAAAUGCGUCUCAAGAGCGUGUUCGCCGCGGUCGAGCUCAGACCAAUGAAGAACGUAGGCAAGAUCAAGACGACCUUGGACUGCUCUUGAUGAUUGGGAGGAUGGCAGGCUCACUCGACUUGAGAGAUCGUCUGUACGGAUUAAUGGGGAUGAUACCGGAAUAUGUGGCCAAAUUGAUCGAGCCGGACUAUACGAAGAAGGUAGAAGAUGUGUUCUCGGAUUUUGCCAGCGCGCUUAUCACUGGCUUCGAAUCUUUCGACAUAGUGCUGACUGGGACGACGGAAUCUACUCUGAAGCUUCCUUCCUGGGUGCCAGAUUUGACAUCUCCAUGGGAUCCUUAUCUCUGGGGAACAGACUGUAAUGCCAGUUGGGGACAGAAAGCCAAGUUCAGGUUGGAAAAUGACGGGAAGGUUCUUACCACUAGCGGAUAUCUCGUUGAUGUGGUCGAAGGCUUGGCUCCUUUCUUGGGUUGGAAACACGGUGGUCUCGGUGUCUGGCAAGAUGCCGUUCAGCCAGCAUCUGUUAAGAUGCCGAACGAUCCCAAGGCGGCAAUCGUACGGACCCUUCAUCGAGCUGCAACCUACAACUGCGAUUCAGGAACAACAAUUCUCGAUAUUCCUUGGCUUGAGAGCCUGAGCCCCGACAACCCAGACAUCCUGGCGCUGGAAAAGCGUGGAUGGGGCAAAGUUCUCAAACACGCCAAUCUCAACGACUUGACACAGUUUCGCAAGCAGGUCAAUGACAAUUUCCAACCUUGGGGUCGGCAAUUCAAGUCCUUCUUCCCUCGGGUGCAAGAUGUUGGAGAUUGCGUGGACCCCAAGCCUUUCUUGGAAUCACUUGACAAGCAUAUUGGAAUCGUAUAUCCGGUCUUCACCACAGUAAAGGGGCUUUUUGGCACCGCAAUUCUUCAGCAAAUUCGGAAGGGAGACUCGAUAUUUAUUAUACCGGGCUGCUCAGCGCCCAUUGUCAUGCGACAGAACAAUGGCCAAUGGCAAGUCAUUUCACAGUGCUUUGUGGAUGGCCUCAUGUGUGGGGAGAUGAAGACUGCAGUGGGUGUCAAUGGCUGCGAACUGACAGAAAUCCGAAUAAGCUAG